UAUGCCUAUGUAUAGAUUACCAUGGCUUUCAGAAAGCACAAAAUUGAGUGAAAAACAGUGAAAAUUGCAUGGAAUAAAGUAAAUUGUUGACAUUAGUGAGGGAAUGAGGAAAGCAGAAUAGCCAAUGGGUUUGCAACAGUUUAAUGACAAAGGCUAUAAAAGAAUGUCAACAACAUAUAUGUAAGCUAAUUGAUCGUGGAGUCCAGCACGAUAGGAAUACAAUAAAUAUGGAUACCAUACAAGGUCAUAUCGAGAUGGAAAUAUGAUCGAGGCUGCAUGAUAAUUUUCCAUAGCCAAAUGGAUAAUCCGUCAAAUCGUGGCAGUUUCACGUAUAUCUUCAGUUAUAGUAGGCAAUCAUUCUGACACAUGACGUGGAAAUAUGGAAACAUAUAAAAUGGAAAAUAUAUUCGCUGAUUAUUCUUCAUGGGAUAUUUUAAAUGAAAAGGCGUGAUUAAAUCUCCAGAGAAAAAAACAUUUUUUCUGCGGUUGAAAGGAUGGAGACAUAUGUUUUGAAUAUACCAGGAUGAGUUAUUAGAAUAUAACAUAACGAAAAUGCCAUUCUUCAAACGUAAACGCAACUCAUCCCCAAAUUGGGCUAUACCAAAACUAUGCUUGCCAGCCAAUCAAGCUGGUCCAAAUGGACACAAACCACGUUCAGUAUCUGUUGACUCAACUGCUCCUUCUGAUGAGAAUAAUGGAUCGGGUUCGAGUUCAUUGGAAAUUCCUGACACCCCUACCAGGGGUCGCUCAUCUAGUUUUGACACAAGUGAGCUAACCUUGCAAGUGCCGAAUAUUAACCCCAGAUCUAAAUCAUUAGAUAGUAGUAGUAAUGAAAAACAGUUACCAUAUCCUAACAUUACUGCUAGUGGAUCUUCUGACGAAAACCUGUCAGAUCGAGAAACAGUGAAUAAUAAUAAUUUUCUGAAGUUGCCGCGGUAUCAACGUAAAAGGACAUCGCUUGAGAUACCAAAGCUAUGCGUACAUUGUGUUCAUAUUGAGGCUCUUGCUCAGGAGGCAGAGGAAUCGUCAUCGAGCCCAGCCCUAUCACCAACAGUUCAACGUCGAAUAGAUUAUGCCAUAAAAGGCAGCACAAAGAAUGGAUGGUACUUAAGCGAUGACUCGGAUACCUCAUCUGAUAGUUCCGAAGACAGUUCUUCAUUGGAGUGUAGCGAUGGAAAUGAGGGUAGCAGCUGCUCCCCCAAAUUAUCACCAUCCCCAGCUAGUGCAAGUGGAUCACUGAAUAACCUUGUUGUUCCAUCUGCUGAACGUCACCGUUCUUCUUCAAUGGAUUCUCACUUUCCUUUGCUGUCAUCAGCAGAAGAUAGGCGAUCUUCUGCUGGUGAUCA